ACCACUCAUUCAAAUAGCAAAGUUUUUCACCAAAAAAAGAACCCACAAACCAUCCCAAAACAGAGAAAGUGUUCAAAACAGAAAAAUACCUCCAUUUCCAUAUCCAUAGAUAAUACUCCAAGAUGAUUCCAGGGGCCACCUCCUAUUUUGUCACCGAGGACGCCGUUUCGUCUUCACUAGAUCCAACCCUGCCCUCCGAUUCUCACUCUAACUCCCUUCUUUACAGCUUCUCUCUCCUCAAAGAAAGAGUCCACCAAGUCCAGGCCCUCGUCACAAUCUUAAUCUCCCCCCACCACCACACCCCGCCCACCUCCGCUGCCAACGCCGAUUCCACUGCGGGCGCCAUCGCCGGCAUGGGCACUUUAAUCCAAGAAAUCAUCAUCACGGCGUCAUCCAUGAUGUUCGCUUGCCAACAGAUGUCCCUCGGCUCGAGUCUCGCCGCCCCUUCCGGAGGUGGUGCUGCCGUGGCGAAGCAAAACAGCGGCGGGGAAGCGAAAAGGGAAACCCAAGUCCAAAACCAAACCCAGAGCUUCUAUUCGAGCGAAAAUCUCGAAAACUGGUACGCUGAUAAUUAUAACAACAACACUGGAGGCAACUGCAACGAAAAUGACGAUGAGAAUAACGAAGGGGGGAAUUGCGAAGAAGGGGUGUCGGGCAAGAACUACGAUAUAAUAGAACUGGAUGCGGCGGAUUUGCUGGCGAAGUACACCCACUACUGCCAAGUUUGUGGGAAAGGUUUCAAGAGGGAUGCGAAUUUGAGAAUGCACAUGAGGGCUCACGGGGACGAGUACAAGUCCAGCGCUGCUUUGAUCAAUCCGUUGAAGCAUGGCGGGGCUGGAAUCGGGGGCGGCGACGGUGGGGACCUGAAGUUGCCGAGGAAAUAUUCGUGUCCGCAAGAAGGGUGCAGGUGGAAUAAGAAGCACGCCAAGUUCCAGCCGCUAAAGUCGAUGAUCUGCGUGAAGAAUCACUACAAGAGGAGCCACUGCCCGAAAAUGUACGUGUGCAAGCGGUGCAACCGGAAGAACUUCUCGGUGCUGUCGGACCUCCGGACGCACGAGAAGCACUGUGGCGACCUCCGGUGGCAGUGCUCGUGCGGUACCACGUUUUCCAGGAAGGACAAGCUGAUGGGCCAUGUCGCCUUGUUCGUGGGGCACACCCCGGCUAUCAAGUCUCUGAUGAAGAUGGGGAAAGUAGUAGCUGAAUGUGAUCAGGUGGAAAUUGUGAGAGUAGAUAAGAGGUGAUCGUGACAUUUUGUUCAUUAAAAAUUAGAAUAUCAGUUGAAAAUCUUCAUGUUUGAUGUAAAUUUUGAACUGAUGUAACACUUGAUAUUUUGCAUUUUAGUUUAGUUACGGGGUUGGCUUUCUUGAGAA